AUGUCAGCUAAGAAGAUGGCCGCAAUUCACUGGCUCGACAUCCUGGAAAAAGAGUUCGACAAGGCCUUCGUGGACUUGGAUAUUCUACUGGGAGAGGUUGACCCGGACCAAUGUGAGAUAACCUACGAAGGGAGGAGGAAGAUGACGGCACUCAGCGCUGCUUUUGCCCAACUGUGCCACAAAGCGCAGACGAUAUUCCAGAACAACGCCAAACUGGAGGCUCAAGUCAUGAAUCUCCGAGCCGACCUGUGUGAGGUCAGAGCCACCAAAUCCAUCAUGGAGAAGGAACUGCACAACCAACUGCUACAGUUGCACGCCGUACAGCUGCAGUUGCACGCCAAGACGGGGCAGAACGUGGACUCGGACGCCAUCAAAAAGAGACUGGAGCAAGAAAUGGAAUCCUUCAAGGCGGACGGGAUGAAAGAGGCCAGGAUGGAGGCGGAGCUCAAGGAGUACCAGAAGGAGAAUGUGGAGCUGCGGCAGCACAUCAUGGCGCUGCAAGGCGAAGUGUACGGAGCGCGGCUUGCCGCCAAAUAUCUGGACAAGGAACUUGCUGGCAGAAUCCAACAGAUUCAGCUUUUGGGGAGGGAUCUACGGGGUCCGGAACACGACAAACUCUGGAACCAGCUGGAAGCUGAGAUCCACCUCCACCGACACAAGACGGUGAUCAGAGCCUGCCGGGGGCGUCAGGGUUAUCGGAACAGAUUACCCCAACCACCAGGACAUGAUGAUGCCAUUAGCCAUCGUGGCGUGGGCGAAACACGGACCGUGCUGAUAGUCAAGGAAGAAAGCGAGGGACUGGGCAUGUCCAUCACGGGCGGCAAAGAGCAUGGCGUUCCCAUCCUGAUCUCGGAGAUCCACGAGGGUCUGCCAGCCGACCGCAGCCAGGGUCUGUACGUGGGGGACGCCAUCCUAUCGGUCAACGGGAUCAACCUACGCGACGCUAAACACGCCGAAGCUGUGGAGAUACUGUCCCGACAGAAUGGAGAGAUAAGCAUGGAGGUCCAGUUUGUGGCGCCUGAUUCCGACAGCGACGAUGACAACGAUGAGAUCAUUGACGAAAACGGCUACAGCUAUCCAGUGUAUGAAGAGAGCGAGGAGGACUUGCUGAGCUACCAACAAGCAAGCGAGGACAGUCCCCUACGCUCCCAAGCCACCAGCCAAUCGGCGACGCCACUCCACGAGAACAGCCCCUCCACAUCCUCGGCCCCGCCAGGCCGGGCUGCCAGCCACCAUUCUCCCGCCAAGAAGGCCGGCAAGGCCACCGGUCCAAAGACACCAGCCGGGGCCAGCGGCGGCGGCGGGUUGCGGAAGUCCUCGCCCCAGGAGGCCAGCAUUUCCACGUCUAGCCAGUCCUCGGAGCGGUCCUCGGCGGCCUCACUCCUGCAGGGCGACCUUGGUAUGCCCGUGCUCCCGGAGACUGGGAACGAGAUGAAGAUGAUGAGCGUAGGUCGCAUGAGCACCAAUGUCGUGCAGGGCUUACCCUCGGCAGCAAGUGGGGAGGAACUGUUUGGAGCCAAUUGAUUCAGCCUAUUCAUCCAAGUGGCCAGUCAUAAUUUGAAUAUUCGUCAUUCAAAUGAAUAUGUGGGGUGGUCACUCCACAUCAAUAUUCAUUAGGGAUGAAUAUUCAUCAAGCCAUUGAAAUACUUGCUGUUACAUUCUAAAUGCGGCAAUCAUGCUACUUUAGGGCAGAAUACAGGUGUCGGGAAAAAAACCGGGGAUGAUACAUGUGCUGUUCCCCUUCCUUCUCAACCGUCAAUAUGAAACAUUCCCCAAAUGUAGGUUGUCUGGCUCCUGUCAUGGGAAUGAAGAACAUCUGAAACAUGUUGGGAUCAAUCGUUCACACUCUCAAGCGAACAGAUUUUCUUCAUGCCAAGGUCUCAGACACACUGAACCAGUGCAAGUACAGACGAGAUUCAAAGUCACACGAAUUCUUGCCAUAAAACUUCUUGCUCUGUUUCUCGAGAUUUGCUAAGCAAUUAAAACCUUUUCCCGCAAAGUUUGAAACGUGACCCCCGACAAAGCCGCAGAUUCUGCUCAGCGAAUUUCCUUCUGCUAAGCCACAAGCAGCAGGAAACCGCCCACCCAGCCCCUCGGCAUUUUUCUGCCGGUAACUUGUUUACACUCAGCAAACUCUCUUGCCUACAGAGCAUGUUCAGCUGCCCACCUGUAUGAUACUGAACCUUGUGUUAGCUUUGGAAGCACCACUCUCGACUCAUUUCAAAAACCAAGGCGAGUUGCUUGCAUGUCAAUUUUCUGGUCCAACCACAAGCUGUCUGUAAAUGGCUGUUUCGUAAACACAUGUACUUCACGUUAUACGCUUAUGCUUAACGGCUUGAAUUCGUUGCUAACGAAGAAUUCUUAGUUCACUGUACAGUCACUUAUCUGGUCAUACUUUCUGGUGGAAGGUUGUUUCUGUGUUUUCUAAAUGGUUCUCUGUCUUGUGCACCGACAAAAGUGUUACUGGUCAACUCUAAGAUUGUUCUAGACAUAAGGGGCCAGGAUUAUAUAUAAAAAGUUCAGAAGGAUGACCCCUCCAGGCUCGAGCCUGAGUGAAGAUUACUAAGAUGUGAGGUCCGCUUUUGCAGAAUUUCAGGGUCUUUCAGGAGUUGUCUACCGAGAGGGGGAAAACUCGGUUCAGAGAUGGAGCAGAUGUUAAUGCAGACGCUUUAUUUGGAACCGUGUCUAAUGUAGAAGUCUGACCUCAGUUUACUGGACUGGCUGAGGCUACAUGUUGGAAGAGUUUUGCCGGGACUAGUUUCAAAAGAGCUGUUGAAGAGGAAAUAUUGGUGGGCAUGCGCGCAUGUAUGUGCUGAGGAAACAUAGGUGAACCAGUGACAAGGAGUGUACACUGUACGGUGUGUGACAUUUUGGCUGCUAUGCUGAAUAAAGCAAAUAUCUCGGUGGAAUGGGACCCCGGCCCCGUGAUCUGACUGCUUCAGAAUUUUUCGCAAGGUGCUUUGUAAAGUAGUCACGGAGGAGAGCUGUUAUUGGUUCUGUGAGAGCAUUUUGGGAUUUUCCUUCAGUGUGGCUGUUGACAGUGUCACUGUCGUGGUCGAGACCGUACCCCAAUCCUCCUCGAUCCCCCUCUGUGCCUAAUGUUGGAAGCUUUACGGAACCGCAAUGGAAUGAUAGUCACAGACUGGGGAGUUUCUCUACAUCUGGGGUAAUUUCCAAGACAGUUUAAGUGCUGCUCAAUGUGACCAUAGUCUGUACAGGAUCAGUGCUCUAUGUAGCGGGGGUGAGUGUCCAGUAUAUGGAACUUGGAUUAAGCUCGGUGGUACUUCAAAUCACGCUUGGAUAUGAGUCACAGAGAGAUAUUUUUUCCUUCCUGAUCCUUGAAUCCGAAUUAAUUUUCGCAACCAACACUGUCAUUUUCUUUUUUAUAUCCAGGUUUUUUUUAUUUUGGUUUAAUUUCUGUAUGUAUUAGUUCUGCAGGUGCAAUAUAUUUUAUAGGCCAUUAUGUCACAUGUUGUAUGGUUGAUAUUGCCUACCAUAGAGUGGAUUACGAUAUGAAUAUUCAUCAUACAUGAAUAUUCAGUCUCAUGAGUGAACGUAAUGUAUUUGUUUUAAGGGCCGUUUCGCUAUGACGGUAAAUGUGUUGAAUUCUAUUUUGGUUUAUAAACUUCAGAAAUGAGCCAUAUAAUUCGACAAGCUUGACGUCGAUUUUCAUUUCGGGUAACAGCUCUGUCACUGACGAAAACAUGAAAGAUACCAUCUGUCAUAAAAUUAGUUGUAAAUACUCCAGAGACGUAUGAAUUUCCUGAAAAGAAUGUGUAAGUGUGUUAAGGAAUAACCCACAAAUAUAAUUUUUAACCAGUUUUCAAUUUUUGUACUUAAUGAAUAUUCAACAGAUAUUUAUAUGGCCAGAUAUGAUUGGACAAAAUUAAUGCUCCCCAUAUCGCCAUGCUUGAAGACCAACUCAUUCCGAUACGUGUAUUUAGUUGCAUUGAUGUUGUAUUGCUAAGGCUGUUCAAAAACAAAAUGAAUAACGACUUUAUAAGUCAACAUCAUCGAAAUUGAUAUUGAAAGUAAACUAAAAAAAAAAUUGUCGUCAUAAAAGCUCCUAAUUUUAAGGGACUUUUUAUCCUGUUCAACUGAUUGAAACAAGCCAGCACACCAGACUAAAAAUGAAUGAAAUCAGUAUAACUAGAAAUCUUUUUUGUAAUCAUUACUGAGUUGUAAUUUGAGAUUGCUUUCAGUUUUCCCGAUAUUUUUGUUGAGUUGUCAAGAUGGGCCCUUAUUUUUAAAAGCUGAAGGGCGAUACGUCGCUGGUGACCAUCGUCACUAGAAUGUAACACAAGAGAGCGCAAGGUGCAUGGGAACCGGUGAAAAUUACCCCGCGGACUGCGUUGGAGACACUGUAAAUUGGCAAUUUCUUGGAGAUGAAGUCCCACCUUAUCUGUACUCGAUGUGAAAAUAUUGUUCCAAGAGGUUUUAAGAAAACUAUUUAAUUUAUUUUCACCGACUGAAAAGUAAUUGGUAUGAGUGUGUUUGGUGGCAAAGUGAGAGGAAAAGUUGAAAUAGCCAGUUGUAGAUUAUUGAAAUUAUUCUAUCGCAUAUCGAAGAGAGUUUAUUUUACAUAACAACCGGUAUUAAGUUGAAGUUCUUUCUGCAGUUUUAAAGUGAAUGGGCUCCUGGAAUCGAAGUUGUGCGAGAGUAACUUUAUUCAUAUUGCUCGGUGUUUUGCACAACGGAAAAUGUAAACACGUCUUCAGCUGUACGAAUUAAAAAAAAUAGAUGUCAUUAAAACAUUGAAUUAUUUAAAUGUCUUGGACAAAA